ACAUGGAAGACAAAAUUUCAGAGGCAUUAGAACCAAGCAAAAAGAGGAGAGCAAAGUUGUUACCAUCAAAGUGAAACGAUUCAGACACACGAGCUAUGAUAUCUGCACAUAGAACUGUACUAGCUUCCUCUAAACAUACAUCACUACUAGUGGCAAGAACAGGCUGACUUUCAGUUGAUCUUCAAACGGAUCUAGAAGAGAUUCUUAGUCAAUUUGAUGGCGUCGCGGUUUCAGGAAGCUUCACUUGUUACUUCACCAUCGUAUCCUAACGCCGUCGCUUGGUCAUCGGAAAAUCUCAUCGCCGUCGCUGCUGGUCAUCUAGUCAUCAUCAUUAAUCCGGCUUUGCCUUCUGGACCUCGUGGAUUGAUCACAAUCUCUGACGCUGAGCCUUAUCAGAUUGGUCGUGUUCGCUCUCAAGAUUUGCUGACUGGUGGACUCUUACCUUCGAGUUUGAAGCGGGAAAGGAAUCCAUGUGUUCGAUCUCUCUCAUGGUCUGAGAUAGGAAUGUCUCCCAACCACGGGUGCUUACUGGCUGUUUGCACAGCGGAAGGAAGGGUUAAGCUAUACCGACCUCCAUAUUCUGAUUUUUGUGCUGAGUGGAUUGAGAUUGUUGAUGUAUCUAAAAUGCUUUAUGAGAAUCUAUCAAGCAUGAACUUUGGAGAGUCCAACAAUCCUUCUACUUCAUUAUCUAAGGUACUUGAGAUUGAAGUAUAUAAACAGGCAAGCAAUGGCCAAGAUUGUCACUCUUUGCCUAAAGCUCUGAAAAAGUGUAGUCAAGAGAUAAGUCCAGAAACGUAUGUGUCUCGUGAGGCAUUAUUAUCCUCCCUUUCCGUAGCCUGGUCAUCUCUACUAAGAUUCUCAUCAGAAAUUUCUUCUAGUGAGAAUAUGUUAAGAUUCUCGCUUUUGGCAAUUGGUUCAAAGUCCGGUAGUGUUUCCAUCUGGAAAGUUCAUGCACCUGAAUGCUAUCACAUUGAACGUACUAAUGUAUCUCCCAUGGUGGAACUUCAUGCUAUAAUUCAGGCCCAUAGCUCAUGGGUUUCAACUAUGAGUUGGGGAAUUUUUGGCUGUGAUUCUUUGAAUCCGCAAGUGGUGUUGGUUACUGGGAGUUGCGAUGGUAGUGUAAAAAUUUGGAUGAGCAACAACGAAGACUUGCAAAAAUCUGUGGAUGUCUAUAAAUCUUCAUUCUCUCUAUUUAAACAGGUUGUAGCGGUGAAUCCUGUUCAGGUUUCAACACUUUCUUUUGUUGUAAGCAAUCAUUAUAAUGCAAUGCACUUGGCAAUCGGCAAAGGCUCUGGUUCUUUCGAAGUAUGGAAGUGUGAAAUAUCUACAAGAAAGUUUGAACAAAUUGUUUCAAGUAAUGCUCAUAACCAAGUGGUUACAGGUCUAGCUUGGUCAUAUGAUGGCCGUUGUUUGUACAGUUGCAGUCAGGAUAAUUAUGUCUUGAACUGGAUUUUGUGUGAGAAUACCAUCUCUGAAGUGCCAAUUCCUGCAAACACUCCUGGUCUCAGUAGCACGACUGAUCUUCCUGAUGAUUUCCUGUCAUGCCUUGGUGUGGCAUUGUCCCCUGGAAACCUUGCUGUUGCUUUGGUCCGCAACUUUAACGUUGAACUCUUGAAUCCGAUGUACCAAGCCAGGUCGCAGAAGGCUGCUGUAGAAUUCCUCUGGAAUGGUGCACAACAAUCUGGUGAGUCAGAAGAUUCUUCAGAGACGGUAACCGAAGCUAUUCUGGGAUUCUCAAAAAAUGAAUUCGCAUAUUGGGAAUCUAAUUUUCUCUGGUCGUUGAAAGAAUUCAAAGAUUUGAAUAAGCCUCUAGUUCUUUGGGAUAUGGUAGCUGCAAUGCUGGCGUUCAAACAAUCAAUGCCAGAGUUUGUUGAAUUGGUAUUAACCAAAUGGCUCUCUGUGUCAUACCUCGGAUUUCAUGCUGAUAUCUCCAUGGAAGAUCUGGUGCCAAAGAUCACCAAAUGCUUCUCUGCUGUUCCUUCCAGGCUGUUACACAUUCUCAACGUAAUCUCUAGACGUGUUAUGUUAUCGGAGCUCAAAACAGUGGAAAUCAACAGAAAACUUCAAGGUCAGAGAACGAACGAUGAAGAAGAAAUUGAUCUGUGGCUCAAACUGCUUGAAGAAAGUGAACGAGAACUCCGGGAAAGACUGGUUGGUCUCAGUUUCUCGGCUUAUCUACUCUCUGAGUCAUCUCAGGGUACUGUUUCGCCUUCCUCUUGGAAUUGGUGUCCAGCUGGAUUGGCUCAGUUGCAACAAUGGGUUGAGAUAAAUCGCGAUAUUGUCCAUAGUCAGCUGGAAACACUUUCCGUAGAAGUGAAAUCUAGUCGAACGAGAUCAAGUAAUAGCACAGAAACCUCAUUAGAGGAAGAGAAAUGUCCUUAUUGUGCAGCGCCAGUCAAUUUCCACUCAGCGGAGGAAGCCUUUUGCGAAUCUCCGCACCAAAAAAAGAAGAAGAGCAAAGACAAAGAGAGAUGUGAUCAAAGCCACAAGCUUGAGAGGUGUUGUGUCUCAAUGCAAGUAUGUCCACCAACUCCUUUAUGGUUCUGCAAAUGCUGCAACCGAAUGACUUUAGAACUCGCUCCAGAGACCUUAUUUGCAUUGCCUUCAUUCCCGAGUGAUCUCAAAUCACUUCCAAAAUCCUCCUUUAGCAAAGCUGCCUCGAAACCGUUCUGCCUCUUCUGUGGAGUGCUCCUGCAGAGAAAGCAGCCUGAGUUUCUGCUCUCAGCUUCACCUGUGUGAUAACUUCAUGGUUAUUUAUAAAUAUAAGGAAAAAAGGGUUAAGUAGAUCAUGUAUUUUAUAAUUUGUGUAGCAUAGUCAAAGAAUUGUUAAGCUAGUAAGUUCUAAUCCUCGAUGAUUUCUUCGUAAGGAAAUUCAGAUCGAAUUUUAGAAGUUGUAACUCUUUCAGAACAUUUGUUUUUAUAAAUCUGUAAACAUUGUUAUAAAGUUUCAACGUUUCU